GGCGCAGUUAAGAGACCGCGUUCGCGCCGCGCACACGUUCGACGACGCACCGACGACAACGACGUUAACGACACCGACUACGCAUUCGGCGGGACUUCUACCCUCCGUGUUGUGGGUGGCGCGUUUCCAGUACGGUGUGCCGAGUGUCGCAUACUACUCGUGUUUCGCGCUCGUCAGUCGUUCGCAAGUGUUCUUGUUUGAAAAAAAUUAAUUUUUUGUCGUCGUCGUCGUCGCUGCCUCACGUGGGGAAAUACUAAUAAUAUUAUGAUUAACGGCGAAAGCGGCGGCGACGGCGUCAACGGCGGCGGAGUAGCCAAACCGACGCCCCCGCCGACGUUGCCCAAGUCGUACACGCCGAGCGCGGCGGCCGCGUACCGUUUGGCCAGCAUGGAACGCCUGGCCCAGCGUCAGCGGAUUUUCGAACAGGGCGGACCGCCGCCGCCUUCAUCCACCGCCACCACGGCAGCGUCUGACGAUCACCAGCAGCACCACCAGUCGUCCCCGGCUGGACCGCCGCCACCAGUCACCGCGCCCAAACCCGUGCUCGGCACCAAGUUACAAAGCAAACGAGAGUUAUUCUUCAAGAAUGACGUAUCGGCAAACAGUGGAACUCCGUCUACUGUUCAAUCAAAUGCCAAUUCAACUUCUCCGGUGCCCCAUCAGAACUCUGUUACCAGUAUAAAAACCAAUCAAAGUACAAAUUUACCAUCAACUGCUCCAAUGAAUUUACCACGUGUACCUGUUGUUGUUAAACUCGAGUCAUCGAUGGAGCCUACAGAAAAUAAAGAAAAACUUUUAAAAACAGAUCAAUCAGGAACCGGAAAGGUUAACGAUAGGAAAGUGAAAAAAUUAGAUGGAUAUGUUGGAUUUGCCAAUCUACCCAAUCAAGUAUAUCGCAAAGCUGUAAAGAAAGGCUUUGAAUUUACUCUCAUGGUUGUUGGUAGAUCGGGUCUUGGAAAAUCCACCCUAAUUAACACAAUGUUCUUAGCUGACAUAUAUGGCAAAGAACAUCCGGGUCCCUCUUUACGUGUUGGCAAAACAGUAAGAGUUGAAACUAACAGAUGUUUGUUAAAAGAAAAAGGCGUUAAUCUUUCACUUACGGUAGUUGAUACCCCAGGGUUUGGUGAUGCUGUUGACAAUUCAGAUUGUUGGCAACCGGUGCUCGAAUAUAUUGAGUCCAGGUAUGAAGAAUACUUAAAUGCUGAAUCCAGAGUUAAUAGAAAAGUACAACAUGAUAGCCGUGUACAUUGUUGCUUAUAUUUUUUGGAGUCAAAUAGUCAUGGAAUGACUCCAUUAGAUGUAGAAUUUAUGCAGAGACUUCAUGACAAAGUGAAUAUAAUUCCCAUUAUUUCCAAAGCAGAUACAAUGACUCCAGAUGAAGUGACAGAGUACAAAAAACAGAUUUUAAAAGAAAUUGCUCAGCAUAAAAUCAAAAUUUACGACUUCCCUGAUUCUGACAAAGAUGAAGAUCGGGAAAAUUUAAAAAAGCUUAAGGCACGUGUACCAUUUGCUGUAGUUGGUUCAACCGAAGUUCACGAAGUGGAUGGAAAGAAAGUACGUGGUCGAAAGUAUCCUUGGGGUUUAGUUGAAGUGGAAAAUCUUGAUCAUUGUGAUUUUGUUGCCUUAAGAAAUAUGUUAUUGAGAACACAUUUACAAGAUCUAAAAGAAGUGACUAGUAAUGUGCAUUACGAAAACUUCAGAUUUAGAAAAUUGGCUUGCUUCUCAGCCGAUGGUCCUAAAGGAAUGACCAACUCGUGCGCCCCAGGAGCAAUCAACAAUUCCUUCGUUGCCGUUUGGAAUCCAUUAGCCCAAAUGGAAGACGAGAAACGUGAUCAUGAUGCCAAACUUAAGAAAAUGGAAACUGAAAUGGAACAAGUGUUUGAGAUGAAAGUCAAAGAAAAAAAGCAGAAACUCAAAGAUUCAGAAAUUGCUUUGCAACAAAAGAAUGAACAAAUGUUGAAGAGAUUAGAAUCUGAAGCUAGUGAAUUGGAUGAAAGACGUCGACAACUUGAAUUAGAAAUCAGAGACUGGGAAUCUAGCAGUGGUAUAAGUCUUGACGAACUGAGAAGGCGAUCAUUAGAGAGAGAAACUACUGAUGGAAAAGAGAAAAAAAUCAAGAAAAAAGGAUUAUUCUGAAACGAAUAGUGCCAUAAUAAUAUGUAUAAAAUCAUAUUAUUAUUUAUUACUAUUAUUUAUCUAAUUAUUAUUUGACCAAGUUGUAUGAAUCGGGUACAAUCUUGUUUGAACAGUUGUAAUGUAACUUAGACUGUCAAACUUGUUACCAAUAAUGUGUGCAUACCACAUUUAUCAUAACAAUAUUCUUUUUAUUUUUUACUACCUUAGUUUUAAUGAUAUAGUCUUAAUAAUCUUAUCCAAUCAUUGAACAUUGUAAUAUGCGUUUAUAAAUAAAUAUACACAUUAUUUGAGUAAUGAAAUAAUUUGUAAGUAUUUAUACAAUUAUCAUAGGCAAAUUGUUUUUCAGUUCCAUAGUGUUUAGAUUUUAAACAAAUGAAGCUCAAUAUUGUGUAAUCCAAUUAUAAAUGAAUAUUACUGCCUAAAAUUUAUCAAAACCGUAAUUUUUAAGCAAACACCAACUAACUAUUUUAUUCAUUCCAGUAAUAACAGCAUUUAAUUUUAAUUGAUAAUGACAACUCUGUGAAGUAUUGUUCUCUAUUUCCAAGAAAUCGCCAUAUUUUUCUUUUUAAGUUUAUAUAACAUUAACAUAACAUGUCAAAAGUAUUAUUAUUGUUUUUUAAACUUGCUUUUUUUUCCCAAUAGAAGUUAAUUUAAAGUUCAGAAAACCAUAAUUUUUAAUUGUUAGUUUUUAACAAAUUAAAUUUGCAACUUUAAUAAUAAUUGUUACUGAAUGCAUUCCUUAAAUAGUUAAUCUUCGAACAAACCCAUUAUUAAAGUUGUUUAUGCAUUGCUCAAAGUUUUUAUUGAAUUUAUUUAAUAAAAAAUUCUAUCUUGUAUUUAGUAUAUUAUUGUUUCAAUACAUUUGUAUUAUUGCUUGAAAACCUAUGAACAAUAGUAUUAAUUAAAGUGCCCUGACAUUAUGUCCAUCCAAUAGUAUUUACUUUACAAACUUACAAACUGGUAUUUUAUAGUUUUUAUUUAUGUCUUAGUUGGGAAUAUUGUUAAGAAAAAAUAUGUUAACAUUUUAUUUUUGUAUGAAUUUAACCUUUGAUUUAACAUAUAUAUAUAUAUAUAUAUAUAUAUUAAUUCAUUUACUAUUGUAUUGUAAUGAAUCUUGCCUUAAUUUUCUGGUAUCUGUAAUAUUUAUCUUUUAUAUUAAUUAUGUUUUAAACUCAUGCACACUUAUAAAUAUGUGUAUUUCUAUAUUUACAAUACCUAAUUUACCAUUUUUGGACUGUUGAAAUAGUGAGCGAUAUGUCAUGCACGGUUUCAAUUUCAUUGUUAAAUAACAACUUUGUGCUUUCCAUUAAGUUUAUUCCUCCACCGUGAGUAUCUACUCAAUAUUGUUAAACCAUACGGUAAAUUGUAAAUAUAUUUUUAAAUACCAUUAAGAAAAUAACUAGUAACUUUUAGAUACUUAACUACCUACGUAAACUAAAUAUUUUUAGUAUUCUUAUUCAUUCUUUAUAUUUUAAAUUUUUAAAUUAUUGUAUGUUUGGUAUUGAUUUAUAUAAACAAUUACAUUUUUAUAGAAAUUAAUAAUAUUUAUUUGAUUUGUUUAUUUUAUGUAAUAUAGUUUUUUUUAAAAACUGUGUACUUAAUAAUAA